AUGGCGAGCAAAGCCACCGUCCCCUUCCUGGUCACGAUGAUGCUCGUGACUGGGGUUUGCAAUACAAUCCUCAACAAGUAUCAGGAUAUGCAAUGUGUUCGCAAUUGUGACUCUCCGGAUCCCAAGUAUCGUCACACCUUCGAGCAACCGGUGAUCCAGACCAUUCAAAUGUUCAUCGGCGAGAUGGGCAGCUGGCUUGUCGUGUUAUUUUCAUAUCUCUACCAGCGCUACAUCGCUCCUCGCUUGUCCAGCAACUCCUCCCCUCUGCUGGCGGGUGGCUAUCAUCCCGUCCACAAUGAUGAUGGGCUUGACGAAGAAGAGGAAGACUACACGAUUCGGGGCCCCGAAUAUCUUCGUGAUUCCACCAAGCCCAAUGAAUCACCUGAUGGGCGCAUUCGUCUCCAAGGAUGGAGGAUCUUCCUCCUUGCAGCACCGGCAUGCUGUGACAUUGCGGGUACUACUUUGAUGAACGUCGGGCUGCUGUUCGUCGCCGCUAGUAUUUACCAAAUGACCCGGGGAGCCCUCGUCCUCUUUGUUGGUCUCUUCAGUGUGAUAUUUCUCCACCGCAAACUUCACAUCUACCACUGGGCUGCACUGUUUGUGGUCGUUCUUGGCGUUGCGCUGGUUGGCCUUGCAGGCGCCCUGUUCAGCCAGGGCCAUGAAUCUGCCCCGGAGAAUGCAGCAGCGGCCGUCACACAUGCUCUCCGAGAAGUGCAGACCACUGCACGAACUCCAGAAGCCGUGCAAACACUGAUCGGUGUUCUUCUCAUUGCCGCAGCGCAGAUCUUCACCGCUUCGCAGUUCGUGCUCGAGGAAUGGAUCCUGGAACAUUACGCCAUGGAUCCUCUUCAGGUCGUUGGCUGGGAGGGUAUCUUCGGGUUCAGUGUGACUGUCAUCGGCUCGAUCAUCAUGUACCUGGCUGUCGGACGGACCGAGGCAGGUCGCUAUGGCUACUUUGACGCAAAGGAAGGCUGGCGUCAAAUUCUCCACAACCGGCCAAUCGCCAUCUCCAGCUUUCUGAUCAUGAUCAGCAUUGGCGGCUUCAAUUUCUUUGGGCUUUCUGUUACUCACACCGUUUCGGCUACAUCGCGUAGUACUAUCGACACGUGCCGCACCCUUUUCAUUUGGCUUGUCUCUCUAGCCCUGGGCUGGGAAACUUUCAAAUGGCUCCAAGUGGCCGGCUUUGCUCUGCUCGUCUACGGAACCUUCCUUUUCAACGAUAUUAUCCAGCCCCCACUCAAGGCUUGUCUUCCUCGUGAUCGCCGCGAAAGAGUUAUUCUUCUUCCCGAGGAGCCCAUCGAGCAUAUCUAG